GUCCGCAACCUUAUCAUUCACCUGAAAUCAGAGAAAGUAUAUUUGGAUCCGAAGAUGAAAUUUGAUAAUCCUGCAGAAAUGUUUGACUAUUACAAUAAGAAUAGCUUCACCAUAAAUAACAAAGAAAUUUUCUUAACUCGAGGGAUUGGUUUAACGGAUUGGGAGUUUGAGCACAAAAGCGUCCAAGUGGGAAAAAUUAUUGGCCGUGGACAGUUUGGCGAAGUCAGACGAGGAAAGCUCACCCUGAAAACCGGUGCCGUCGUCUUCGUGGCAAUAAAAUCGAUAAUUGAAGGAAAGCUCUGUGAAUUCCCUAGCGAUGCACCAGGAGAUCUGGUCAAGUAUGUCAAGGAGAAAAUGUGGAACAAAAAUCCUGAACAAAGAGAACAAAUGGACAAGGUUCACAUUUUGGCGUGCUUUGCUUGA